AUGUCAGAUGAUGAUCGUGAUGGAAUGUUUUCGUUUUGUGCGAAAUUUAAGAAGAAAUUUUGCAACGCCUGUUUGCGAGCAGAUAAAAAAGUCAGAGCAAAAACAAGAAAUCAAAACUUUAUAACGGACCCAAAGUUUCACGGUUAUGCUUCGACUGCGAUGAAAGCAACAAACAACAAGGAAUUUAAUGUGCAAUUCGACUUCCACAUCGCUUUUAAGCAAAUUGACUCUGAAAGUUUUUCAUUUAAAAUGUGGUGGCUGUGGGUGGAAGUCGUUAAAGAAAAAGAUUGUGACAUGGUGGUCGUGAUGAAAUCAUGA